UUCCCAUGACACAAUCCCGGCCAUUUCCUGGAGCGCAGAGGUCUUGUAUACAAACGGGCACUGAGGAACGGCAAACAGGCAGGUCACGUAGCGGCCCCGAGGGCCACGGCUGACGUGAGGCUGUGACCCUUGCAUAAUAUUUCAAAAAAUAUGAGAAAGAACACAUGUACAAACUACUCUGUGACGUCCCGACCCCUGACCUCUGCUGACGAGGGAACAGACGUUAGGUCGCUCCUCCCCGGGUCCGGGAGCAAGAUUGCAAUGUUCUGAUGACUGUGUUCCUUAAAUAAUACACAAACUCAGCCUUGAGGAUGCAACCUGCACUUCAAGCAUUCUAGUUGUAUUUCAUUGACUUUUAUCUCUAGCAUUAAGAUGGUCCCAGGUCUGUUUUGCAGCCGAGAAGCCGAGAAUGUGCUGAGUGUGCCUCUGUGAGCUGUAAGGGUGCAGCUCGGAGCCAUUCAUACUUUCCACACAUCCUAUCCCGUUUCAGCCGUGAUGGUUUUAGCAGAUAGGAGCAAACCUACUUCCUCCAUAUUAGCAUGUGGAAAAAUGCACGGCGCCUUUCUCAGGCUUUUCUCACUCCUUAUUGAAAUGAACACGCCAUACACACUUUGGGUAUCGAACCAGAACCAUUGAUUUGAGCUGCCUCAAUCAUCUCUUGGUUUGUGAACCAAAUUUUUUUUUUUAUCAUUCUGGAUUAAGUUCUCAGAGGUGGGAAUUCAUACAGCCUCUCCCUUCAGUUCAGAUGAGUUUAACAGGAAUACUGUACUUUCUAUUUUUAUCACAUAAGAUCCCUCCACAUAAGAGAGACAUAUCCUGUAUAUUACAGGUAUGCAGCAGAGGAAAUAAUAUAACCAUGUAGGAACAUGUAUCAAGUGAAAGACUUCACAGUAUUCCAUAUUAGAUUUGUGUUAUUAUAUCUUAAGGCUGGCAGCCAAACUGUGGUUUAAAGGUGAAAUGAAACAUCUCAGACAUGCAGGUAGAGGGACAAGAUUCACUACCAGAUAGCAGCAGCCACGUGAUCCGUAUAGACACAGGUCAUCCGUCACAUUGCAGGGGACCCACACAUUUGUCCCUGAGUGAAUGUUACAGUAAUGCAGUUAAACGUUAGAUCGGUUUGGUUAUGGUUUUAGCUCCCGGCUGCAAGUCAAUACCUGUCAAGAGCCACUUUAAAAUCCAUAAAACAGUUGACAGCAGCACAUCUGCUCGCUGACACUGUCUGUCAACAGAGACAGACUCAAUUUGCAUAGUUGUGUGUCUUCCGCCAACAACGGCCCCAUUUCCAAGUACCGUCGGUGGCAUUUCCUCGCACUUCUUCGUUCCUUAAGUGAACGAUAAAGUGCCUCAAAUCAGCUGACUGUGCAGUAACAAUGACAGGCAUCCGAGUCUGUGACACAGUUGGAGAUUAGGAGGUUUGAUCCUAUUAACUUGUUCUGUUCUGCUGUGUCUGCACAGUGAAGCGGAAGGAGCUGCAGGGUGAAACUAUAGCCUCAUUUAGCCCCAUUAGCAGGUAUAGCGUGACAUUUGUGCUGCGCCGCAUCCACCGCAGCGCGUCUCGGGCUGUUUCACUUCUGCUCAUCUGUCCCACGCGCCGCAUCCUGCCGGGUGCAUCUGCGUCGGCAGGAGCGCUGUGAUUUCACAGACCUCGCGUUGUGCCAACGGUGUCGGGUCGACACGUGCCUGUCCUGAAAAAACACAGCUCCACCGGGCGCACACAUGAAUGGACUGUUAUUCCUGUCCUCCUGGUCCAGAGGAUGAGGCCUCAUCCCUGUUUGCACAACAGUCACAGGGCAGACUCCAUGACAACUCCAGCUCAUAGUUCUCCUUUGAGCACUAGCUACACAAAAGUCCCAAAGAUGCCACAAAGACCUACGUGAGGCUGCGCACAUGGAGCCGCGGUUCGUCCUCUGAGCAGCUGUAACAACCUCUGGAGCAGAUAAAGGCCGUUCCAGACCACCGUGCACCAACAGUCGGCCUCUGGGCGGCGGCUGUGCCGAAGGGAGACUGUAGCUCACGUGUCGCUGGAGGCUGAAAAACCACAAACCGAGCGGUGAAAAGUAGUAGGUGAAGUGAUGCUUUGUGCCACCGUGGCCACAGAAAUCAUGAGUUUGAAUGUAGUCGCCAUAGUUACAACAUCCCUUAUUCUAAAGAGGGGUUUUAAGCUUAGAAAACACAGGAAUAUACAACUAACGCCCAAGGUCGAGCGGUUCAUUGUACCUACAGUAUGUUUAGGAGUCGUGGCGACUCGGACCCUGAGACAGCAGCCGAGUCAAUGCCAUCUCAAGGGGAGGAAUGCAACAAAUAGCAGGAAAUUCCUCCUCGGUUUGUUCCAGUGCGAAGGAAUUCUUUCAAAUCCGUCGGCGCAAAUGCAGUUACGCUUGGCUGACCAGUAACUGAAUUGUAGUUUCCACGUGAUCGUAGCCGGUUCAGUGCAGAAGGCAAAGCAGGAGUGCUUCCAGAGGUUCUGUUAUGCAUUGAAGGCUGAGAUGAGGUCAAAAGAACUGAGUCUUUAGAGGAUAUUAUAGAAUUACUAGCGUGAACAAACCUCAACUCCAGUGUUAGAUGUUCCUAAAAUAACAGUUGCUUGAAACACGAGUUCUCAGAAUCAAAGAACUUCUGUGAGCAACACAGUGACCCCCCCAGAUCCCAAGAAACCUCUGCUGACUGGCUUUUCAGUGGCUGCUCCCGGCCUCAUUGUCCUGAUGUGGUCAGUGGAGCACUCAGAGGUCAGCGCAGUUGAAGUCGUUGCGUAAAACAAGCAGCUUGAUGUUAUACUGCCGCCUGCUGCUCAUACGGUAACAGUGGAUCAGACGCAAUGAUAUAGCACAGAUUAUCUCCACAUCGUCUACCUGCUAGUGGUCCAAGGAGGAACCAGCGCAGAACCAGUGACCUCAUUCCCAUCACUGAUAGCUGCUCACACGUCUCAGUGGGAAAAAAAAACAUCUUCACUCACAUGAGACCCAGUAGAACCCCAGGUGGCUGAUAAUGGGAAGCUGUUUGGGACGGACUGGCCUUGGUGAGACACAAGCUAUGACAACACUGAGAAGGAGACGUUUCACACGAGGCUGAGAGCGAGCUGAAGCUGGACAUGGACAAGAAGGUGGUUCUGAUCACGGGCUGCUCCUCGGGGAUCGGGCUCAGUCUGGCAGUGCGGCUAGCCUCGGAGCCCGGCAAGGCGUACAAGGUCUACGCCACCAUGAGGAACCUGGCAAAGAAGGAGCGCCUCCUCGACUGUGUGAAGGGCCUGCAUAAAGACACUCUGGACAUCCUCCAGAUGGAUGUGACCGACCGGCAGUCCAUCCUGGACGUGAGGGAGCGGAUCGAGGAGAGGCGCGUCGACAUUCUGGUGUGCAACGCCGGCGUGGGUCUGAUGGGGCCGCUGGAGGUGCAGUCCUUGGACUCCAUGAGGCGCAUUCUGGAGGUCAACCUUCUAGGGACCAUCCAGACCAUCCAGGCUUUUCUGCCGGAGAUGAAGGCUCAGGGCCAAGGCCGCAUCCUGGUCACCGGCAGCACCGGAGGGCUUCACGGUCUCCCCUUCAACGAGCUGUACUGUGCGAGUAAGUUCGCCAUCGAGGGAGCGUGCGAGAGUUUGGCCGUCCUCCUGCAGCACUUCAACAUCCAUGUAAGUCUUAUUGAGUGCGGCCCAGUCAACACUGACUUCCUGGUCAACCUGCAGAAGGUGGAGCUGGAGGACGCGUCUCUGCAACAGGUCGAUGCCCAAACACUCAGCCUGUAUGAAACGUACCUGCAGCACUGUGGCUCCGUUUUCCAAAACGCAGCACAGGAUACAGAGGACAUAGUAAAGGUAUUUCUAGAGGCCAUAAUGUCGCCCAGUCCCGCCUUCAGAUACUUCACCAGCGGUGCCGUGCCACCUCUGACCCAGCUGAAGCUCACCGAGCCGGACGGCGUGCAGUUCAUCCGUGCGACGAGUGAGCUCAUCUUCUCAUCUGAGGAGAAACAGUAAUUUCCACCCGUACAUUUCUUAACUAAGGUGCAGACACAGAUUUCUUUUAUAUUUCUGCGUUAAAGCUGAUACCCUGACCUCUGAUUCACUGUUUGCCAGAAGCAGGGCAGCCUUGAGUUCACGAGACUCCAUGCUUCUAUUAUUGCAUGUGACCUGUUACAUUCCUCAGCUCAAAAAUGUAUAAAAAUAGAGUAGAAUCGUAGAAAUAUUUGCUAGCAGCUGUGUUUUAUCUUUUGAGUUAUGCAACAGCUUUUGUGUUCGAGGCAUUUCAUAGUGUUGGCUGAUACAGUUUUACUGAUAUUGAUGUAUUUCUGGACGCUAAGAAUGUACUUUGCGCCAUUUUUAGCUAUUUUAAGCAAGCCUUCAUCCAAAACAUGAAAUGGAAUGUACUGUCUGUCUCUUUCUGCCUUAAAAUAAAAAAGUGUUUCCAUAAAUUAA